AUGAAAUUGUCUCUAUUUCUUGCCUCCAUGCUUUUGGCUCUUUUAGCGUUAGAACAGGUGAAUGCCCAUGAUACCAAUGAUGCCAAUGACACAGACAAGAUACCACCUGGAAUGAAGUUUGAGAAGGAAAAAAUUCCUGAGAACCGAAGACUAAAGAACAUGAAGAAGGAAAACCCCGCAGAAAUGAGAAAGCUGAUGAAGGAAAAGGGAUUGAUAGACAUCUCCGAGGGGAAAGGUUUAGUGCCGUUGAUCACUGCUAAGGAUGGUUCUAACGUUCCCAACCAGUAUAUUGCCCAUCUUAAGCCUUGUGGAAAGUAUGGAAAAAGCUGGCAUGCAAGUCGUUUUUCCAACAGUAGAGACUACGAUGGCCAUGGUACCCAUGUGGCCAGUACCCUUGGAGGCGCCACCUAUGGAGUAGCCAAGGAGGUGAACAUCAUCCCCGUCAAGGUAUGCGCUCAUGUUAAAAGUUGCUUUAAUUCGGAUAUCGUGGAAGGACUUUACUGGAUAAAGUCACGGGUUCAACGAUACAAGCGUCUAUCAGUUGUGAAUAUGUCACUGAGUGGUUGGUAUUCAUCCUAUAUGAAUGACGCCGUGUAUGCUGUAUUGUAUGCAGGCAUACCAGUGGCUGUCGCUGCUGGAAAUGAACACAAGUACAAUGCAUGUUAUAAAUCCCCGGCAAGCGUAAGAUGGGCCCUCACAGUUGGCGCCACCGAUAUAAAUGAUUACGUGGCUUCAUUUAGUAACAUUGGACCGUGCGUCGACAUUUACGCUCCAGGGACGAAAAUAAGGGCCGCCUAUUACGCACACAACUACGGUUGGCUUGAGAUAGGUGGGACGUCAAUGGCGUCCCCACUCGUCGCAGGCGCAGUCGCAGGAAUGUUGCAGGUUUUCCAAGACGCUGGUUAUUAUCGAGUCCCGUCAAUAAGCCUUGUUGAUGACAUCAGCUAUAACAUUAUCAAGUUUGCAGAGAAGGGCACAGUGAGGGGACUCCCGUCCACAAACAACAACAAUGUUAUGCUGCAAACCAUGUGCCUUACUACCUAA